GAAAAAGGAGGCUGUUAAACAGGAAGUUAGAUCAGGAUUGUUGUAAAAAAAAAAAAAAGAAAAAGAAAAAAAAAGAAAAACUGAGCUUCCUGCUUAGCCUGGGGCCGUGACUGCAAAACAGCUCGGUGUUUUUCACUGCUAGAGAACCCGGGGAGAAAGUGAAACUGAACUUCUCACACACACACACACGGACACAGAAGGGACUUUAAAGCAUGAGCUCCAGAAGCUGAGAGCUUGAGAGCUUCCAGAGGAACAUCACUCACUGAAUCAGAAUAAAUGGGAAACUCACCCGGAUUAAACAUGGACUCGAAUGAAGCAUCUCAGGCAGCAGGUGUGGAAUCAGACCCGGUGGAGGACUUCGACUGUCCUAUCUGUCAGGAGGUUUUAAAAAUGCCCAUCCGCACUAGGAACUGCCAGCAUGUGUUCUGUAAGAGCUGCUUUCAGGUGGCGGUGAAAAGUCUGGGCCCUCAGUGCCCGCUGUGUAGGGGCCCCGUGUCGGAAAGAGCGCACAGAGCCACUGACAUCCAGCAGAGGAUGAGGCAGAUGAAGGGCACGUGCAGGGCGUGUGGGAAAGAGAAACUUCUCAGCAAAAUGAGGCUCCACUACAAAAGCUGCAGGAAGUAUAUUGAGGAAUUUGGUCCCAUCAGUGAACCCACAGUGGCACUUCCUGCCCAAACUCAGCACACGGACUCACCACGAAGCAGUGUAUUAAUCCCCAACACCACUAUUCCUACACCAUCUGACAGAGCAGGAAGAGUGUUCUCUUGUCCUUACUGCUCACUGAUGGACCUCAGCGACAUGGCCCUGAUGGAGCAUUGUGUUCGUCACCAUCAUCAAGACCUCACACCAAUCGUGUGCCCGAUCUGCGUGAGCAUGCCAUGGGGAGACCCUAGCUACACCAGCCGUAACUUUAUUGGCCAUUUGGUGCGCAGACACUGCUACAGCUACACUGGCUACAUGAAUGAAAAUCUUGAUGAAGAUUUGCAGAUCUUCUGGGCGCUGCAGAUGUCGGUGCAGGAGUUUUAAACCACGGUUGGUUUUCUGUUUUGCCAGCAGAUCCGCACUUUAACCCAACACUGAAACAGAAGUCUUGAUUGGGAACUUUUUUCUUCUUUUGCUUUGCGUUAAGGUAGAACAUAGUUUGAAGAAAUCCAUCACAUUAUUUCAUAUUCCAGCAAUUUUGUUCAUUUAACCAGACAUUAAUACGAGGUGGUUUCAAAAGGUUUCAAGGCUUGUUUUGUAGCACGGUUGCUCGGUUUUGUAUUAGCUUUACGUUUGCACUUUAAAUGACAGGAAUAUCUGCACUUCAUUGCGUCGUCGUCGUCAUCGUCGUCAUCUUCAUCACUCAAAAAAGCUCAGGAACUUAGUUUCAUGCAGCAGACACGGAUAGAGACACGCAGUUUGCCAUAUUUUUUUCAUUUAAUUAACGUUUUUCACUAAAACACUGUGAAACGUAAUUCAUGAACAAAGAAAUGACCAACUAUCAUUUCCUGUCGUUGUGAGCUGAAUGUAGAAAUAACUGUCUUAUAUUUCAUUUGAAUUUUAUGGAAUGUUUAAACCAAUGAACAAAAAACAUUUAUGGGAUGUUUAACAUUUAAUUUUUUUUUAUAGCAAAUUAAAAUUGAAAAAUAUUUUGCCGAUUUUGUCUGAAACUGAUUCCAUUAUUAUUUGUAUGCGUUUUGAACAUUAUUGUUUCUUUAGGUUGCUUUGGAGCUUUUUUUAAAAUCAUCCCUAAUAUUUACAGUUUUGUACAAUGUGUACAAACAGCGCAACACUGGAUUUCUUGCAAAAGCCUGAACUUUUCUCAAAAUCCUUAGUUCAUCUCUCAAAAGUAAGAAUUUGUCCUGGAUUCCAGUGAGUCUGAAUAUCUUCUGUUUGGCAUCUAUGAAUUUCAACAGCACAAAUGUAUUUAUUCGAUAGGAUUCUUCUUCUUUUUUCGGCUUCUCCCAUUAGGGGUCUCCACAGCAGAUCAUCCG